AUGUAUCGAGUCACAGGGACCUCGAUAGUGGCAAGAACACUGCUUCCACCUGGUUGGGACUGUAUUUUGAAAGCUACCGAGGAAAAUCACUCUUUGUGGAUUCAAUACUGCUGUUUUACUGGAAGGGUGGAUAGGAAAAAAUCCACCAAGUGUUCUAAGAUCUGGCUCCUGACACAGAAGAACUCCGAAUACCUCAUCAGAGCUCCCAGGGCUUCCAUGUACUGCCGAAGGAGACCACCGUGGAGUCUGAGGGGGUAUGAUUACCACACCGCCUCAUCAGCUGCACAUAAUCUGCCUGCUCCUCCUGGCGAGUCAGUAUGGAACAUGUAA